AUGAAACAUUUGAUGCAGGCCGAAGCCAAGAGUGCCAGGUGGCAAAGAAGCAUGACUUACACUGCAGAAGACCCCGUCCCGAUUCUACUCUGCUUUCAAAUGAAUGGUUCCUGUUACAGAACCCUGCAUCCUCUGGGAGUCCAGUUAGCCAUCUACAUCAUCUGUGCCAUGGGCAUGCUACUUACGGUGCUGGGGAACCUGCUGGUGGUGAUUGCGGUCUUCCACUUCAAAAUACUUCACACCCCCACCAAUUUCUUGCUCCUCUCCCUGGCACUGGCAGACCUCCUCCUGGGCUUAACAGUGCUUCCCUUUAGUACAAUCCGCUCUGUGGAGAGCUGCUGGUAUUUUGGCAAUGCUUUUUGCCGGUUCCACACUUUUCUGGACACACUGUUUUGCUUGACCUCCAUAUUCCACCUCUGCUUUAUCUCCAUCGACCGUCACUGUGCCAUCUGUGACCCAUUGCUCUACCCCAGCAAGUUCACCGUACGUGUGGCUUGCGUCUACAUAGCGGUGGGGUGGGGGGUGCCUGCGGUUUACACCUCCAUCUUCCUGUACAGCAAAACAGUGGAGGAUGGGUUAGACCAGUUCUUGCAGGACCUGCCCUGCGUUGGGAGCUGCCAGCUCCUCUUCAACAAACUCUGGGGUUGGAUCAACUUCCCACUCUUCUUCUUCCCCUGCCUGAUCAUGAUAGGGUUGUACAUCAAGAUAUUUAUUGUAGCCACCAGACAAGCCAAACAGAUUAGCAGCAUGAAUAAGAGAGCCGAGGGGUCCAAGCAUCAGCUAGGAGCCAUGAAAAGAGAAAGGAAGGCAGCGAAAACACUUGGGAUCGCAGUAGCAAUUUAUUUGCUGUGCUGGUUGCCCUUUACCAUAGACACCAUGGCCGACAGCCUGCUAGGUUUCAUUACCCCACCUGUCCUGUUCGAUGUUCUUAUUUGGUUUGCUUACUUUAAUUCUGCCUGCAACCCCUUGAUUUAUGUGUUUUCUUACCGUUGGUUCAGAAAAGCUGUAAAGCUCAUUUUAACUCAGCAGAUUUUCCAUACAAGAACAACUACGGUAGACUUGUACCAGGAGGAAUGA